UAAUGCGGAAGUUGUGGUUCAAGUGCUGGGAACUGAAACCUAAAACACGAAAAGGAUCCGCUCUCCGUAAAUAAUUGUUAUUUAAGAGUUCCUUGUAAAUGAUGCACAUUCUCCAUCCUGAAAAUGAAUAGCACUUUAAAUAGCUGGAAGAAGACGUUUGCAGAUUAUGUACCGGAUAUAGAGUUAACCUGUGGGGUAGUGAUUGUGAUCGUGCUGUCAUGUGUUUUUAGUGUCAUACCUUAUUACUUAAAUAUCUCAGAGCAUUUUUUCAGUCUGGAGUCCAGUGCUGUCACCGGCGGCCAUGUCUACAAAUUCUUCACCUAUUUCCUCUACCACAAGAAUAUGAUCCAUUUGUUUCUAAGUGCCUUCCUGAUGGCGUUUCCCUGUAGAGGGCUGGAGCGAGGAAUCGGAACAGUCAGAUUCCUCUACCGGUCACUGGUGCUGUCAUCCAUCUGUGGACUCCUUUAUGUGCUCCUGGAGUCACUGCUGUUCUACCCCCCCAGUAGGAGCUCAGUAAAUGGGCUCGCCCCAUUAGCCCUGUCUGUCCUGGGAAUGAUGACCAUCAAUUCUGCUAUGCGGAAGGCGUAUAUUAUGGGCGUCAGCGUGCCUACUGCAUCUCUCCCCUGGAUUAUUCUAAUAAUUAUAACUCUGUUCUUGCCAAACACCGUCUUCCUUUGCAACGUCCUGGCCAUUGUUACAGGAAUCUUACAUGGAAAGGGAUGGUUUUCACUGUUAGAGAUAUCAGAAUCUAGAGCUUCCGUCUUGGAGAAGAAGUUCCCUUUUCGCUUGCUAAAACAGAUACCUGGUGUCCAGUUCAUCCCUGCAUCGACCGAAGAGCGCAACAAGCCACUUGACCUCACAAAAAUUCCACCAGGGUCAUACCCUGUCCAGGCCUACGCUCCAGUAAAUGUCACCAAUGGUCAAGUUGCAGGACGUCUUCCCAACACAUUUGAUGGUUGGCCAGUCUCACUCUAUCCUCAACAGCAAUACACAUUUACUUCACCUUACGUUGGAGUCAGCGGUGGUCACAAUCACGGACAUGGACACGGUCAUGGUCACAGCCAUGGACAUCAUCACGGGCACAGCCAUCACACCAGUAGCCCGUGGAUGCAAACGUCCCCAUACGCUCAGCACCAGUUCAGGCCGCCUUCAGUUAACAUGGCAGGGCAGCCUUUCACUAAACUACCUCAACCAGGAGUGCCAUUUGUUCCUCCAAUCUCACAGUCAGAGUCUGAAGUGCCUACAUUUCCCACGACUCCUUCUGGAGCCUCUGUGACAUUGUCAUCUUAGAGAUUCAAUGCCUUAUUUGCAGGUUUUGUGUGUAUGUUUGAUACCUCAUGUCAUUUUGCAACCUUGGUGAUGGUUUUAAUUUUUUACAGUUGCUGUUGCUAAAUUUUGUUUCUUAAAUUAAACAUUUUUCUGUCUUGUGUUUUAAUAAAUUCUUUAUCCAUUUUA